AUGGAGAUACAGGCCAGAGCCAAUCAGCGUUGGGAUAUGAAGACUGACAGCGCCAUGGACCAAUCACUGAGCAGUAUAUGCGGGAACUUCACUCUUAGACCGGAUCGAACGCUCUCUGAAGCUCCUCCAGGUCACCUGUGGUCAUCGAGACUGGCGUUAUGCUCACCUGAACAGUCAUGUCGGAGCUGCCACCAGGACUUGGCUCAGUCUUGUCCCGUCUGCCUGCAGACCGCCAGCUUCCCCGUCCAGACCAACUGUGGUCACCUCUUCUGUGCUCCCUGUCUGAUGGCGUACUGGAGACACGGCUCGUGGUUGGAUGCCAUCAGCUGUCCUCUCUGUAGACAGAAGGUCAGCAUGCUGUGUCAUCUCUUCAGCGACAGUCGAUCAGAUUGCCAGUCAAAGAAAGUUCUGGUGGAAAUCACCGACUACAACAAACGCUACUCCGGAGCGCCGCGCAGGGUAACAGAUUACCUCUGUGACGCCCCCCUCCUGCUGCAGGUCCUUGUCCGAGGACUGGGUGGUAUGGGAGGACUGGUGUGGCUCUUUUUAUUAAGAGUGGCUCUCUGCUGCAUAGGAACCAUGGUCUCCAUCUCCUCCCCCUCUUCCUCUCCCACACCCCCUUUGGAGACGGACUCCUCACUCUGUGGGCUGCUGGGCAUCCUGGACGACCUAGUGGUGGUCGUCCUGCUCCUCACCUGUGUUAUAAACAUCAACCAGCAGAUGGCGCCAGAAACAGGCCGACAGUUGGUGAACACUCUGCAAUCAGGAGAAGGUAGUGAAGUGGAGACCUGA